AUGCGGGCUCAAGAACUGGUCCGGCUUUUCUCCGAAGGGAUCCGGGCGGAGAGGGAGGAGUCUGAGGAGGAAGAAGCCGAGGACGGAACGGAUCUGACGAGGAGGCAAUGGUGGCGUGGCCGUCCCUGUGGAGGAGCUGGCUGCUGGGCACCGCGCCAGCUGAAGCCACGCCACAUCUGCAGCGAAUGCGGCCGUAGCUUGGCCAGCCACUCAGCCCUGGUCCGCCACUGCCUCAUCCACACCGGGGAGCUCCCGUAUGCUUGCACAGAGUGCGGGCGCUGCUUCCGACAGUCCUCUGCCCUCGUCCGCCACCUUCGGGCCCACCGGGGGGAGCGCCCCUAUGUCUGCGGCGAGUGCGGCAAAGCCUUCGGGGUCAGGUCGGCCCUGGUCCGCCACCAGCGGGCCCUGCAUUCGAGCGAGAAGCCCUACGUCUGCGGCGAGUGCGGGAAGGCUUACGCAGACCUGUCCAUCUUGACCAAGCAUCAGCUCAUUCACGUCAACGGGCGGCCGUUUUCUUGCCCUGACUGUGGCCAGUCGUUCGGGCACCGCACCACCUUGACGCAGCACCGGCGCAUCCACACGGAGGAGCGGCCCUACCGCUGCGCGGAAUGCGGCCAGACCUUCCGGCAGAAUUCGGCCCUGGCAAACCACCGCCAAGUCCACUCCGGGAAGCGCCCCUUUUCUUGCCAAUACUGCAGCAAAACCUUUACGGGCCGGCCGACUCUCGUCCAGCACCUCCGGACUCACACGGGGGAAAAGCCGUACAGUUGCCCAGACUGUGGCCGCUGUUUCAGCACCAGCUCCAACCUCCUGCAGCACCGGGUGAACCACCACCUUAAGCUGGCGAACGCCCGCUUCGCCUCGCUCCUUAGGAGCGUCCGGCCUCACCGCUGCGGGGAAUGCGGCCGGCGUUUUGUGGAAUUGGCGGAGCUGGAGCAACACCGAGCCACGCACCGUGGGGAGCGGCCCUAUGUCUGCAGCUACUGCGGCAAGUCCUUUACCGAGGCGGCCACGUUGGCUCGACACCGCCGCUCCCACCUCCCGACGGCCCAGCAGGCUUACAAGUGUGAACUGUGUGGGCAGACCUUUGGCCAGAGUUCUGAUCUUCUGGCUCACGGGCGGGUUCACAGUGGGGAACGCCCCUACGCUUGUGCUGACUGUGGCAAGGCCUUCGGGCGCAGCUCCAACCUGUCGCGUCACCGGCGGGUGCACACCCACGAGCGCCCGUACGUCUGCGGGGACUGUGGAAGGAGCUAUACCCAAAGCACCCACCUGAUGGAACACCAGCGACAGCACACUGGCGAGCGGCCGUACGAGUGUGGCGACUGUGGCCGUUCCUUCGGCAAGAAGGGGCACCUGGACUCCCACCGGCGUGUGCUCCACCUCUUGCCGGGAGCCCACGACCGUGUGGACGAGUCGCUGGUGGAAUGUCCCGAUUCAGGAAGUUUGCUGAACCAAUGA